ACUGACAGACAGCGUGGCCGGGCCUCGUACACACACACACACACACACACACACACACACACACACACACACACACACACACACACACACACACACAGUGUGGAAAACUGUCUUGUGAAAGACAAACUGCAAGGAUUCUAACAUGAAGGUGAUGGAUAAGUUUUCAAAGUCGGUUUGAAACGCAGCUUUCUUUAAAUAUGAAGCUUCUUGAAAACAUUCCAUUGCUGCAGAUCUUCCUGCUGUUGCAUCUCAGCCUGAUCAGCGGUGUACAGAGAGCUCCGAAAAUCACAACCUUACUUGAGACAGUUGAUGCCUUACUGGAUCAUAAUGCUACUUUUAUAUGUGAGGUCGACUCGCACCCUCUAGCAGAUAUAACAUGGAUGCGUAAUAAAUACCCUAUACGGCACUAUGACUCUCGAUACAUUAUUAGAGAAAAUGGCCAAAUGUUGAUCAUUCCCAAUGUGAAGGACACAGACAGUGGAGAAUAUUGUUGCACUGCUGAUAAUGGGAUUGGAGAACCAGCAAAAAGCUGUGGAGCUUUGCAGCUAAAGAUGAAGCCCCAGAUUAAGAGACAUCCAACAAACGUGACGCAGCUAUUGGAGUCCAAGGCAGUGUUGCCAUGUGUAACAUUAGGAUAUCCCAAACCAGAAAUUUCCUGGCUUAAAGGUGAUGAUUUGAUUAAGGCUGAUAGCCGAAUAUCAAUUUUGGAAUUCGGCUCCUUAAAAAUUCACAAUAUCAGGAAAGAGGAUGCAGGACAAUACCGAUGUGUGGCUAGGAACAGCUUUGGGAUUGCCUAUUCAAAACUAGCCACCAUUGAAGUACAAGCUCCUGCUAAAAUACUUAAAGUUCCCAAAGAGAGGAAAGUGCAGAUUGGAACUGAAGUGGCCUUGGAGUGCAAUGCCACUGGAAACCCUGUUCCUUCUAUCACUUGGCUGGAAAAUGGGAAUACAAUCAUGGGGGCAGCGGUAGAGGAGACGCUGAUUGGGGAGGUGAUUGUCUCCAUCCUGCGUGUGGUGGUAAAUAAACCGGCUCUUUACACAUGCCAGGCCACCAAUCAACACAGCGGGGGAGCUAAUACUGUCAAAUCUACAGCCAGGAUCACUGUCUCAGAAUGGAGGCUGUACAAAGGCAGUGCAGGUUACUGCAGUAUGUACCGGGGUGAAGUGUGCCAUGGGCUGUUGCGACGUUCAGCACUUGUCUUCUUUAACUCUUCUCUGCCGGACCCAGAGCAGGCGCAGGAAUUCCUGGCGCAUGGAGGCUGGGCCGAGCUGGAGGGAACAAGCCCACUGUGCCAGCCUGCAGCUCGCUCACUGCUCUGCCAUGCUGCCUUCCAGGACUGCAGCCCAUCAGACCUCGGUCCUGCACCCAAACCUGUCUGCAGGGAGCACUGUCUGGCUGUGAAGGAUCUCUACUGUUAUAAGGAAUGGCAUUUGAUGGAGCAGAGGAAUCACAGAGGAGUCAUUUCUCCAAGCCUGAGCCUCACUUUGCCAGACUGUGAAACUCUGCCCAGCCAGCAGGCAGAUCCAGCGUCAUGCACUGCCGUAGCAUUUGUAGAGAUGAAGAGAGACCAAAUCACAACAACGUGCUACAAUGAUAGAGGAAGGUUUUAUCAAGGCAAUCACAAUGUCACAGCAUCUGGUAUUCCUUGCCAGCGAUGGGACCAGCAGGAUCCUCAUCCUCACAGGCUGUCUGUGAACAUUAUCCCAGAGCUGAAGAAUGCUGAAAACUACUGCCGCAAUCCUGGGGGGGAGAGCGACCGGCCAUGGUGCUACUCCACCAACCCCAGUAUACGCUGGGAGUACUGCUUGGUGCCCAGAUGUGUAGAAGUAGUUACCAGUGUGAGAGCACUGCCUCCUCCAAAACUGGCCCCUUCAAACCCUAUGCCUGCUGUGUCCACCGGCUACUACAUGAGUGUUAUUAUAUUCAUCAUGGCUGGAUUUGCAAGUGUGGCCUUCUUCACACUCAUUCUGCUCAUGUGUCUCAAGAGAAGGAAAAGGUGGAAACGUCGAAAAAGGGCCAUGGAAGUGCCGACUCUCACCGCUCUUCCCUCUGAGCUGCUGCUGGACAGACUUCACCCGAACCCCAUGUACCAGCGCCUUCCUCUGCUGCUCAACUCCAAGCUUCUGACGCUCGAGUACCCACGUAACAACAUCGAAUACGUGCGCGACAUCGGAGAAGGGGCCUUCGGACGGGUGUUUCAGGCAAGGGCUCCUGGGUUGUUACCACAUGAAGCCUUCACCAUGGUGGCUGUAAAGAUGCUAAAGGAGGAGGCCUCAGUUGACAUGCAGAACGACUUCCAGAGAGAGGCAGCUCUCAUGGCAGAGUUUGAUCAUCCCAACAUUGUCCGGCUACUGGGUGUGUGUGCUGUCGGGAAGCCCAUGUGUCUGAUGUUUGAGUACAUGGCACAUGGUGAUCUAAAUGAGUACCUGCGGCGACAUUCUCCAGUCCAGCAGCGCACUCUGAGCCAGGGAAGUCUGACGUGGCCCAGUUCCCAGUCCUCUGAGUCUGAUCUGUGUCCACUCAGCUGCUUGGAUCAGCUUUCAGUAUCCAAGCAGGUUGCAGCAGGUAUGGCUUACCUGUCUGAGCGCAAAUUUGUGCACCGGGACUUAGCCACACGGAACUGCCUUGUAGGAGAGAACCUGGUGGUGAAGAUCGCAGAUUUUGGUCUGUCCCGGAACAUCUACGCAGCCGACUACUACAAGGCAAAUGAGAAUGACGCCAUUCCUAUCCGCUGGAUGCCACCUGAGUCUAUCUUCUAUAACCGCUACACCACUGAGUCAGAUGUCUGGGCCUAUGGAGUGGUGCUCUGGGAGAUCUUUUCGCAUGGCAUGCAGCCCUACUAUGGCAUGGCUCAUGAGGAGGUGAUAUACUAUGUCAGGGAUGGCCACGUGCUUUUAUGCCCAGAACAGUGUCCACUGGAGCUCUAUAACUUAAUGCGUUUGUGCUGGAGUACGCACCCGAGUGACCGACCCAGCUUUGCUAGCAUUCACCGCAUCUUGGAGAGGAUGCAUAACCAGAUGCUUCACUCUAGCAUGAACUGAGGCAAUCUGUGGAUCUACAGCACAGAAAGUUCAGAAGCAAUCAUAAUCAUUGAGGAACAAGGUAUCUUUGGACUUUAUCCCAUCUGAGUUUGACUGUUUUGUGUACUGAUGAGACGUAAACUCUGCUCAACAGAAUAGUGCACAAACAGACCAGAUGGGAUAAAUCAGAAGUUAUAUACUAAAGAGGUAGUAGGGUCCAAAUGCCUGAGUCCACUACCAAUAACUGUUAUGAAAUACUAAUACAAUUUUAUCAAAUAUUUCUCAGUUACUGGUAAUUCUACAUGGUGACACAGUAGUAGGUAGAUGUUGCCACCUCACAGGUUUAGGAUCCCCUAAAUGGUCCUGAGAGGUGUGCAGUUUCACAUCCCUUCACAUUCUCUGGUUUCCUCCCACCUCUAAAGAGCCAUUUGGUUUACUGGCUAAGCUAAACUGCCCAAAGGUAUGAAUGCUUGUGUGAAUGUGUGUGUUCAUGAUGCUCUACAAUGGACAGGUUGUAUAUUUUUGCCUCCAAGGGUGCCAUAUCAUGGCUGACCCUCUGCUGUGACACUAAGAAGCUGGCAUGUGCGAAGAGAAGAAUUUUGCUGUACUGUAAUGUACAGUUUAAGGCUUUCUGGUCAAAUCUUGCAAGUUAAACCUUUUUCGGAGCUUAAAUCAAGUGUUUAAAUGUGGCUAUAAUCUGUGAACAAAUUUCGUUUGAGCUCUCGAUCCAACUCCUCUCUUGGUUUACGUUUAUGUUGUCCUUAAUAUUAUUAUUUAUUUUUUUAAGGUAUGAUUUUUCAACAAAACAAAAAAAGGCAUUUUUGCUUCAACAAGAUUGACAUCUUUAUCUUUUGCUGUAUGAGAAACCUUAUCUUCAAGUUUUAUUUAUUACAUAUUUACAGCUACAAUACAAUGCAAAAGUCUUAAGCAAAGAAAUGCUAUGGAGCAAAGAUGCUUUAAAAAUGAAAUUAAAUGCUCCUACAUAAAUCAAACAAAUGGAUUUACUAUGACAAUCCUUUGCUUUAAAAAAAAAAAAAAUUGUAGUCUCAGCUACACUUUGUGCAGUUUUAUAAGGAAAUUGGCUGGUACGUUUUAUUGAGUAUCCUGGAGAAUCUGCCAUGGUUCUUUUGCAUCCAGAACCAAGCAGCCUUCAUUAAAUUUUUUCAUCUGGAAAGUGGUAUUUUAGGUUUUAAAAAAAAAUAAUUCUGUAACAUUGAAUUUAAUUUGUUUGGAAAAGUAAUUCUUGGAAACAUAAAAAGUUUUUGUACUGACACAAUGCCCAAGUCACAAAAUAAAUAUCUAUAACAACUUUGUUCUAAAAAAAUAGGGGUGCCUUAGACUUUUGCACAUUACCAUACAUGUAUUAACCUGUCAAUUUAAAACAAAAUGUUUUUGUUAAAUAAUGAUAUAAAACAGUCCACUUGGUAGUAGACUCAGAUUUUCGGACUCCACUAUAAGUCAUUGUGAUACCACUGGAAUUUGCACUGGAAGUGGUGCAAUACCAUCUGGACAUCGUAUCUGUCAACCAGUCAAGCAACUAGUCAUAGCUCAAACAUGUGUCUGAGGAGUGUGGGAUAUUUUCACUGAAAGAUGCCUCUGUAAAAUGAACUCUAAGCUAACCUUUUACAUUUUUGAUAUUGUUCUUGUUGUUUGUCUGCAUUCUGACAUUACUGAGUUACGACGUACAGUAUUUAUUGAUUAUAUUUGAAAUCUGAAUAAAGUAAAGUUAUGAAAGUUUAAGCGGAGCACACAGAAUGUUUGAUGAUGUGAUGUUACGAUUGUGCUUGAAUAGAGUAGCAUAUUCCAAAAUGGCACAUUAUCACUUUACUAAUGUUUGUGUUUGAUCCAUUUUUCCAACUAACAGACUACACACACUGAUUUGCCAUUUUUGCUAGGUACCCAAAUCCAGUAACUUGUUGCACCUCCAUUGCUUUUCUAGAACAUCGUGGAUUCACUUGAAUAUUGGAUGCUUUGUGUAGAAAUUGAUACCAUGUGGAAAGGGUUGCAUUCAAUGCAAACUGGGUGGCUGUCUAGUCAGACCGGUUGCACAGGCUUUCCAUUUCAUCCCAAAGAGUCUCAACUGUGCAGGCCAUUAGCGCAAUAAUAAUAAAUGGUCAUGUUCCUGGAACCAUUCAGUGAUAAUAUGUGCCUUAUGUCUUGUUGCACUAUCAUCCUGGAAAUGUCCAUCCAAGUGUUCAGUGAACUAGAUCAGCAUUGAUAUUUAGCUCUGCUGUGCAUUUCAGACGUUGUUCAACGAGUAUAAAAGGCCAGGAAAACAUUCCCCACACCAUCAUGCUGCCACUACUUGCCAGUUCUGUUAUUACAAUGUCAGAUGGCUUCAGUGACUUAGCACUUCAUCAGGAGUGAUCAUCAUCCAAAAAAAACUUGGAUUUAUCCAACCAGGCAAAUUUUUCCCUACACUCCUCAAUGUUUGAUGCUUCUGUUCUCAUUGUAGUCAUACACCAUUGUUCUGCCCUGACAGCACUGACACUCAACCUGUUUGUUUGGCUGUUGUAGUCCAUUUGAGACCAGAGAGUUUAGUAAGUCUUGCCUUCUAAGAUGGCAUUCUGUACAGCAGUGUUGAAUGGGAUUGGAUGGGAUUUGCCUGAUUGUGGCUUUAUUUGAACAAUUCCCACCAUUCUCCUCUAACCACUCUGAUCCAAAAGUGGUUUUCAUCUACAGUUUGUUCAUUUCUCACCCUAUUGUUCAUGAAAAGUUGAGAGCCAACUAUUGUGCCGAUCACAUUAUUUAUGCCACGCUCCACAGUCACAUGAUGUAUGUAUGACUUGGAAUUGUAUGGAAUGUACCAAUUGUGUGAAGGGGUGACAUGGAUCACCUAGCAACACUGUUACAAAUACUAUUAUUUAACUUUGAAUAAUAUGUUAAUCUCUUUACAUGUCAACGCUGUAUAAACCCAACAUUUUGGUAUAAAAGGGAAGCUGAAUUAAAAUCAGUGAAAUGCAA